AACAACCCGCCGCCAACCUUCCAUUUACAAGAUGUGCAAGCGCUUGUUCGACGUCGCAGCUCUUUCUUUUGUAACUUGAUAUUUGACCGUAAUACUUGUAAUAAAAGACAGGAGCAUUUGCGAAGACGUGGGGAUCUCAUGCACGUAGACGCGCACAUCGCGGUGCCACAUCGAUAUGGAGCGAAAAGCCCCGGCCAAGAGCAAGGUGAUUUUACUUCUGCUGCUCAUUCCUCCCGUGUUUUCUUCACCCCGAAGAUGUGACCCUGGAUCGCGAGGAUUCUGCAGGGUGACUGUGGCAGACAAACCCAAGUGCACAGAGAUGAUGCUGUCGUACUGCGACGACAUGCCCUAUGCUCACACCAUGUUUCCCAACAUCCUGGGCCACAAGACCUGGGAGGAAGCGGAGCAGGGAGCAGAGUACCUGUUGAUGAGUGUGGCGGAGUCUCUUCUGCAAGGCCAGUGCAACCCUGAGAUCAGGAUGCUGGGCUGCUCCGUGUUGGCCCCGCGCUGCGAGAGAGGCACGGUGCUGAAGCCGUGCCGCUACGCUUGUGAGGCCGUGCAGAGGCGAUGCAGUCACGCGUUUGAGAAGAUCUCCAUGGCCUGGCCCUACUUCCUGGACUGUGACCGUUUCUAUGGCAGCCAUGAGGAGGGCUGUUACGACCCUCUGGAGGGCCUCCAAGGCCAGAAUGAUGAAGAAAUGAAUGACUUUGUAGAAACUCCACCAGAAAGACUUGCGACCUCCAUCCAGUUCAGAUAUCACUCCAACGACGAGAUGAACAGCAUCUUGAAGAAAGUUGAGAGUCAGUGUUCAGAUGUCUCCAGGACGUACAGUAUCGGGCGCAGCGCGGAGGGAAGAGAUCUGCUGGUCAUCGAGUUCUCCAAUAAUCCAGGACAACACGACCUACUGGAGCCGGAGAUGAAGUACAUCGCGAACAUGCAUGGAAAUGAGGUCCUGGGUCGUCAGAUUCUCAUCUAUUUGGCCCAGUAUCUUUGCUCCGAGUACCUCAUGGGAAACGAGCACAUCCAGAUGAUCGUCAACACCACCAGAAUCCACAUUCUGCCUUCUAUGAACCCUGACGGGUACGAGGUGGCCGUCUCUGGACUCAGGGACAGUAACUACGGCGACGAGGAGGAGGGAUACAGAUACAACAACUGGAACAUCGGUCGCACUAAUGUUCAGAACAUAGACCUCAACAGGAAUUUCCCAGAUCUGACAUCGAUAGUCUAUAGUCGACGUAGACAGAGGCGCUUCCGCACCGACCACAUCCCAAUCCCAGAUUACUACUGGUUUGGUAAGGUGGCUCCUGAGACGUAUGCUGUGAUGAAGUGGAUCCGGUCCAUCCCUUUUGUGCUGUCGGCGAGCUUCCAUGGAGGAGAUCUUGUGGUAUCAUACCCGUACGACCUGUCGAAACACCCGCUGGAGCGCAACAUGUUCUCUCCGGCGCCAGACAACCAGGUCUUUAAGUUUCUUGCUAAAACUUACGCUACGACCCACGAGACUAUGUCCAAUGAAAACGCCCAGUGUGGAUCAUCCCGAUCAAUAAGCGAGAAAGGGACCGUGAAUGGAGCCCAAUGGUUCAGCAUCGCUGGAGGGAUGCAGGACUUCAACUACCUCCAUACCAACUGCAUGGAGCUGACGGUGGAGCUGGGAUGUGAUAAAUUCCCCCCUGAGGAGGAUUUGUUCAUCGCCUGGCAAGAGAACCAUGAAGCACUGAUCUCGUUCAUUGAAGCAGUUCACCAAGGAAUCAAGGGCAUCGUCACCAACGAACACGGAGAUCCAAUUAAAGGAGCGCGAAUAGCGGUGCAAAGAGUCCGACAUGACAUCACAACAAUUGAAACUGGAGAGUACUGGCGCCUCCUGACUCCGGGGGUCCACAUCGUGUCUGCCUCGGCUCCUGGAUACAAAACAGCAGUGAAGAAAGUCUACCUUCCUAGCAGCAUGAACAAAGCUGGACGAGUGGAUUUCAUGUUGGUGAAGGAAUCUUCUGGCGCCGAGAUGGUGGACGAGGAGGACACCACAGCUGCUUACGAGCGCUUUGACCCUUAUCACCAGUACGACCGCUACACUCAGUUGCCCCAGCUGCUCACUGAGAAGCGAGAGGAGAGAGCAGAGAAGCCCUGGUGGUGGAGCUACUUUGUCCAGUCUGGUGGGCCUGUGCCAACCUGGCUGCUCAGGCCCCAGUAAUGCCCCUGCUCUCCAAAAACACAAGGACCAUGUUUGUCUUCUCACUCACAGUAGUUAGAGGUGGCUUUUCAGCGAUGAUAUAACUGAUUCUACUGCACUUCAGGUUCUCUCAGCUUGAUGUUCACGCCUUCAGACAAUAAACUUCA